CGUCCAAAAGAAAGUUGGGUAGUUGGCCAACAUACUCUGUACGAAGAGUAUCGUGCACAACGAGGCCACGGAUUGGAUCAGCCCCAAAUCUUCCAAAAUCUUUCCAAUCGAAGGCAGCUUUGUUGUCAAUUUACACAAAAUUUGCAUGAUAGUUUUCUACUGCAAAUGGAAACAAUACUCCAUUGUUCUUCUUCUCUAAUUUACCAAGUAAUCCCAUCUCUUUCCUCUUUUCAUCAGCAUAAAAUUUUCAGAGUUGCCUUCAAAACUGCAAAUUCCUCACUUCACACCUCCCUCUCUUGCACCGCCUCUUCAACGGGAGCUCUAUGCUCAGCAGGUGAUCGGCAGCGACGAAUUAAUAGUUUAGAAUCUCAAUUUUGUUAUGAUAAAGCUAUUCCAGAGCAGAUAAUUGGUGAAAAUGUUGGCUUAUCGGUAGCUGAGAAAGAAAUUGGUGAUAAAUGCCGUUGUGGUGAUUGUCAAGCUAAGGGUGCAGUGCUUUGUACAACCUGCGGUGGUUCAGGCUUGUAUGUUGACUCCAUAUUAGAGUGUCAAGGAAUCAUUGUUAAAGUCCGAUGCCUAAGUAAGAUUUUUGUACUUGUUUGCAAGAAUUGCUUUAUAUUAGGGUUGCUAGAUGCCUGAUUGGGUGGUGAUAAU